CGCUCCUCGGCGCCGUGCGACGUCACCACCGUGAGGGCGGGACUUCCUUUCAGGGGCCCACCGCUUCCGACGCCGUCCGGAAAUCGAGAACUGUUCUCUUCCGUACCGGCCCCUUAGCUCCUCUUGCGCAGCGUGGGUUCCUGCUGUUCCGCCUGAGGCGGUCCCCGGAUACCACCGCCGGCCCCCAACAAGGUGCACGUCGGUGACCCUCUGCCCUCGGUCUCAUCUCUGGCGCGGUUACCCACUUUUCCAGCUGAGCUGACCUCAGCUCCGGCUGCGUUCCGCCCAUGGCCGGGGCUGCUCCGACCACGGCCUUCGGGCAGGCGGUGAUCGGCCCGCCCGGCUCGGGGAAGACCACAUACUGCCUGGGCAUGAGUGAGUUCCUGCGCGCGCUGGGCCGGCGUGUGGCCGUGGUGAACCUGGACCCGGCCAACGAGGGACUGCCCUACGAGUGCGCUGUGAACGUGGGCGAGCUGGUGGGGCUGGGUGACGUGAUGGACGCGCUGCAGCUGGGGCCCAACGGCGGCCUGCUCUACUGCAUGGAGUACCUGGAGGCCAAUCUGGACUGGCUGCGUGACAAGCUCGACCCUCUCCGCGGCCACUAUUUUCUCUUCGACUGCCCGGGCCAGGUGGAACUCUGCACGCAUCACGGCGCCUUGCGCAGCAUCUUCUCCCAAAUGGCGAAGUGGGACCUCAGGCUGACUGCUGUCCACCUUGUGGAUUCUCACUACUGCACAGACCCGGCCAAGUUCAUUUCAGUAUUGUGUACCUCCCUGGCCACCAUGCUGCACGUGGAGCUGCCCCAUGUCAACCUCCUCUCCAAGAUGGACCUUAUUGAGCACUAUGGGAAGCUGGCCUUCAACCUGGACUACUACACAGAGGUUCUGGACCUUUCCUACCUGCUUGACCACCUGGCUUCUGACCCUUUCUUCCGUCACUACCGCCAGCUCAAUGAGAAACUGGUGCAGCUCAUCGAAGACUAUAGCCUGGUCUCCUUCAUCCCUCUGAACAUCCAGGACAAGGAGAGCAUCCAGCGAGUUCUGCAGGCCGUCGAUAAAGCCAAUGGCUACUGUUUUGGGGUCCAAGAACAGCGAAACCUGGAGGCCAUGAUGUCUGCUGCAAUGGGAACAGAUUUCCAUUUCUCCUCCACACUGGGCAUCCAGGAGAAAUACUUGGCACCCUCGGACCAGUCAGUGGAACAGGAAGCAAUGCAGCUAUAACAACAAACUGGGACCUGAAAAGCAGGAUGCAUAAGCCGGCACAGAGGAAAGUGGAGGCUCCUGGUGAGCAGCGAACAGCUCAGCAAGCCACAGACUCGAGAGGAAAUCCUCCCAGCCAGAGCUGGGAGGCUGGCAAGGGGACACACAGCUCUGCAAAGGACUUCUAGCCCAAAAGCCAGAAAUGGCACCAAGCAGAAUACCUAACCACACCCUCAUUGGUGCCCUUGAGCUCUGGGCCUGGCCCCCAGGAUGUUGAGCACUGGACCCACUCAGAUUGUGAUGGAAUAUGCUAC